CUCGAAGAGUCUGGGUGGGAGGGGGAGGCGCUGAGUGCGGAGGCACGCCCGGGCAACCAAACCCACAAACGCGCGGGAUGGCGGGCUGCUGACCACACCGGGAAGCCUCCGAAGGCCAUAAAGGGAGGGGAAGGGAGCCCUGCCCCUCCCCAAGCCCCCCUCCUUCCCUCUCCGGCUGGAAGGCAUCGCCCGGGAUGUUGGCAUGGCCAAGGCGGAGGAGGGGGAGGCGAGCGGGGCGCGGGAGGCCUCGGCGGAUGCGGGGCGAGGAGGGGCCCCUCCGCCGGCGCCGCAGCCCCCUCCCCCCCGCCCGGGGGCCCCGCUGAGCGCCGAGGAGGCCGAGUGCCGCAUCUGCUACAACCGCUUCGACCUGGAGCGCCACGCGCCCAAGAUGCUGGGCUGCCUGCACACCUUCUGCCGGGCGUGCCUCUCCCAGCUGCACCGGAGGCAGCCCCGCUCCCCUACCGACGGGGAAGGCGCCUCCUGGGCCUCCUCCUCCUCCUCGCCGCCGCGCUCGCCCUUCCUGGCCUGCCCCGUUUGCCGCGCCCUCACCGCCCUGCCCGCCGGCCGCGUCCAGAACCUGCCCGUCAACACCGGCCUGGUGGAAGCCAUCCUGCUGCAGCUCCGCGGCUGGGAGCCCUUGCUCCGGGACCUCCGCUCCCAGCGGCCCCUCUUCCCCAAGCCCGGCGCCUCGUCCCCGCCCGCCUCGUCCUCGCCCUCGUCGUCCUCCUCGCCCUCCCCUUCGGGCGCUGUCACCUUCCGCUCCUUGGAAGCCGGGACGUGCUUGCAGGAGCCCCGCAGUGUCAGCGAGGAGGAGGAGGAGGCGGCGCAGAGCUGCACGGCCGUGUGCCGGAGGAAGGCCGGCUGCGCCUGCUUCCUCUUCCUGGCGCUGGCCUUGGCGCUGCUGGCCGCCGCCUGGAUGGAGUGGCUGACCGGCUCGCUCUUCCUGGCCGUGGCCCUGCUGCUCCUCUUCGCCUCCACCGUGCCUUUCCUCUACAGCUUCAACAGGACCUUCCGCAGCCAGCCACGCACCAUCUUCUUCACGCGCGCCCCGGCGGGAGGCUCCAGGGAGGGCGCCCUCACCCGCGGGGGGACCCUCAGCAGCAGCAGCAGGCCUUCCGCCGACGGGAGGAGCCGGUGGUAGGAAAGCCGGGCUGGCAUCACACGGAGGGGAGAAGGAGGCCUCCCAGGCGGGGGGACACAAUCAAGGCACUCCCGACAGAUGGCCAGUCAGCCUCUAGAGCAGGCACGGGCAAACUUGGGCCCACCAGGUGUUUUGGACUUCAACUCCCACAAUUCCUGACCUCAUCUUCCUCCCCCCCAAACAUGUUUUGGACUUCAACUCCCACAAUUCCUGGCCUCAGGCCCUUCCUUUUCCCCCUUCAGCAUGUUUUGGA